UUGAACCUUUUUCAAAAUUGAAUGGAUUUAUUGUAAAUUUUCCAUUUUUUAGAUGAUUAGUCAUCAAAAAUGAGAUUUGUUUCGAGUUUCAAGGUCACAAAUAAUCCCACGGUCACAAAUAUUUCCUCUAAUGAUCAUUUUAACGACUUCAGUUAUUUUACACAUACUAAAUAAACAAUUAAGUUGUCGAAAAAUAACAAGUCGUAAAUGUAUAUUACAAUAACUGUAUAUCAAAAUAAAAAUACUAAGUAAACUGAAUUCCUCAUCUUUGUAGACAUUACCAAUAAUUCCUCUUUUCUACUAACUAAGUAUUUUCCAGAUGUUUUUUUAUGUUGUAUAAAUAUUAAUCAACAACUACGGAAAACAUCAGUUAAUGUUCAACCCUUACACAAGUAACAUUAUUUAUAAUUUUGAAUUUACUUUUUUUUAAAUAUGGACGUGAUUUAUAUUUUCGCUAUCUUUGCGUGCGUAUCAGUGUAUUCUUUACCAGUUUUUGAAGAUCGUUCUCCUGUAGAACUAGUAAACACGUACUAUCAAUUAUACCCUAGAGAAGUUCACUAUCCAAACGUAAUAACGAAAAGAGAAAUUGAACCAGACAUCGGUUCGGAUGAAUCUGAAUCUAGUGAUGAAGACGACUUAUACAGGGCACAUACCAGACGUUAUUAUCCGUAUUUUCGCGUCAGACGAAUUUAUAGGACUCGUUACAGUCAACCCAAGUAUCCACUUUCCAAUUAUGCCGAUUCUUACGACAGAUUUCCUACUCUAGCUUAAGAGUGAUUAAUAUUCGACUGCGUAGUUAUUAAGCAAAAUGUUUUUAUACAGGGUGUAGUGAAAAAGUGCAGAUGAAAUGUUGCAUAUUUUCCGGAGUAUUAGUAUUAGUGUGAUGCGAGAGGUUCCUUACGAAAUUCUUGAAACAUCCUGUAUGUAUUACAAGGUUAUAAUUUCAGAAUAUUUAUUUCCUUGAAGCAUUCACCUAAACAUUUUUACUAACACGUACUUUUUUGACAGUUAUUUUCACUUAUAUUAAAAUAUGUUUUACGGAAGACUUAUUAUUUAUAAUUAUUAACAUAUAAUUGUAUUUUUUUUUACUUUUUACGCAUUUGUUUAAUAAAAUAUUAUAUUUUU